AUGGGCUCCAUCAGUGCAGCAAAUGCAGAAUUCUGUUUUGAUGUGUUCAAAGAGGUGAAAUUUCACCGCGGCAAUGACAACGUGCUCUUUUCCUCCCUGAGCAUGCUUUCAACCCUGGCCCUGGUGUAUAUGGGAGCGAGGGGUAAGACUCAAUCCCAGAUGGAGAAGGUUCUUCACUUUGACAAUGUUACAGGAGAUGGAGACAUUUCUGAUUCUCAGUGUGGCGCUGCUGAGUACAUCCACAAAUCAUUCAAGGAUCUUCUCUCAGACAUCAGCAGGCAAAAUGCUACUUACUCACUCAGGAUUGCUGACAGACUCUAUAUUGAGAAAACAUACCCUAUUCUGGAGGAAUACAUAAAGUGCGCAAAGAAAUUCUACAGAGCAGAGCUGGAAGAAGUUGACUUCAAAACAGCUGCAGAGGAAGCAAGACAGCUCAUCAAUUCCUGGGUGGACAAAGAGACAAAUGGACGGAUCCAAGACUUCCUUGUGUCAGACUCUGUUGAUCUCGAUACUGCGCUGGUCUUUGUGAAUGUCAUUUACUUCAAAGGGAUAUGGAAAACUGCAUUUAAAGAAGAACACACUAGGGAAGAGCCUUUCAAUGUGACUGAGCAAGAGAGCAGACCUGUGCAAAUGAUGUGUCAGAACAGCACCUUCAAAGUGGCAAGAGUGGCUGAAGAGAAAAUUAAGAUCCUGGAACUUCCAUAUGCCAGUGGAGAGCUGAGCCUGUUGGUACUGCUGCCUGAUGACAUCUCUGGCCUGGUGCAGCUUGAGAACAAAAUCAGCUAUGAAAAACUCUUGGAGUGGACCAGCUCCAAGGUGAUGGAAAAGAAGAGGGUGACAGUGUACCUGCCACGCAUGAAGAUUGAGGAGAAAUAUAACCUCACGUCUGUCUUGACAUCCUUGGGUAUGACCGACCUGUUCAGCCCCUCGGCCAACCUCUCUGGCAUCUCUUCAGCAGAGGGCCUGAGGAUAUCUGAGGCCAUCCACGAGGCAUUCAUGGAAGUCACUGAAGAGGGCACUGAGGAGGCUGGUGGCUCAGAGGUUGUGACUGGAGACAUCCAACAUUCCUCUGAGUUUGAAGAGUUCAGGGCUGACCACCCAUUCCUUUUCUUGAUUAAACACAAUCCAAGUGACAUGAUCCUCCUCUUUGGCAGAUAUUGUUCCCCCUAA